GCAAAUGCCUUCUCUUUCUUUCCACCCGUUAGGCCAGUGUCGUGCGCUAACAGUUGCGGAAAAUAACUGAGACAGGAGACUAAGAAAAAAGAGAAUAUAUCGUUUCUGGUCGUUUCUUACUCUUCUACCUUUUAGUCCACAAAAUAUUCUUGUCUUUGCUUCCUCCCACUUACCUUCCAAACAUCAACCCAGCACCCUAGAGAGUCAUGCCCUCGGGACGCGCAUAGACGAGCUCCUCGCAGCAAUUAGUACGCCACGCAACAUUACACGACACACGAUAGAACCAUACAGUGCAUAAUCACCACAUCCCUUCUCCCACGCGUACCAGAAACAGUCAUUCGCCAUGUCGGACGAAGUGUCGCAGUUUCUGGAGCAGGUCGAGCGUCUGCGCGGCAAGCAGAUUGAAGAUGACGAGAUGCGAGCUCGGGAAAGGGAGGAGUUCCUUGCCGCCAAGCGAGAGCGACAGGCUCGACGUGAAGAACGCGCUCGAUCGAUCUCUCCUCAAAAAGAAUCCCCCGCGAAUACGCCAUCACCACGAGCUCAAGGCCGCAGCAUCCAUCCCUCUGAAGCCCAGCGGCUGGGUUCCCCUGCCCCAGCGUCUGAACCACAUCCUCUAAGCUACGCCGACUCACCAACCAAAGAAAACAUUGCCCCCUCCGAGUCUCUCGCGAAAGACACUGCCGGUAUGUCUUCUACCGAUCGAGGAAACACAACGCCAUGGCAGAAACGCCCCCAGUCGAGAGGUGCCGCUAGACCUCUUAGCAUGAUGGCAACCCAGAAUGCCAGCCAACGCUUCAGUGCGAAGACGCAAGAUGAAGAUUCGGCAGUACCAGAGCAAACGCUAUCCCGAGAGGAUAUUGCCAAGACUCUGGGCCUCAAGGACCCCUCUUGGUUUCGCCAGACCGCUGAUCGCGGCCAAGGCUCUGCUGCUUUGAGGAAGAAUCAAGUUGAGGACAAUGACAGGCUAGACCUGUUAUCUCUCAAGUCAGAAUUGCCUGGAAUGUCUACCAAACCCUCAGGUGGACGAUCCUCUUCUCGUUCUGACUUUAUGAGCCCUACUCAAGCAAAGCUUGCCUCGCCAUUCCCUUUGAGCGGUAUGCCAAGCGAUGAGGCUACGGAGGCUCAGGAACAUCCAUCUGAUCUACCAUCUGGAAGAACGUCCCCUGUUCGUGCAGCUUCGCCUACAAAGGGAAUGGGCGGCUUCGUUCAGAGUGCCAUGCUCAAGCGUAGCGACAGCAUUAAGCGAUGGAGUGUUGCUAGCCCUCCAGCACUGAGCCGCGCGGAUUCGGUCACUGCUGGACCUGGCGGACGCAGUAGCCCAAUGCCCCGACAGCUUACAGGCUCUCAUGAUACUUUGCCUGGUGCAGAGACUGAGGUUACACCUGAAGCCACUCUAUUGUCCUCUGAAGUGCCACCUCGCGCACCAGCAACGCCAACCCCAAGCCUUCCUAGCAGUCCAUCCAAACUAGAUGCACGACGAUGGAGCCCUUCCAAGUCAAGCUGGUUGGAUAGUGCCUUGAAUAGACCCGAGUCACCAAAGCCUGGGCAUAAAGCAGCAGCGUCUCAGCCAGAUUGGAUGGCAGAUCUAAACAAAAUGAAGCAAAAUGCCAGCAAGGAAAGUGGAAGCCGUCCGUCAUCUCCUCAUAAACACCAAGUUAGUAUCGGUGGGCUUAUGAGGUCAACGCCGUUUGAAGGACGUGGAAAGACGAACACAACGGGCUUGGGAGGCAUCUAUUCACCGCCUCCUGGUGGCAACCGGCCGGCAUUUGGCCAUGGCUCGAAGCCGAGCUUUUCUCUUGCUAGUGGACAAAACGAAUCAGCACCACCCUCUCCGACUAAGGACAUCACCCACCUUGAACAAGAACCACAAGGUCUGUCUGAAGUGAAAGCUGCGCAAGUGGAAACUCCAAUGGAAGCACCAAUCGAAUCGCCGCCUAUAACCACUGAAGACAAAAGCACUGCACCUCCAGCCAAAGCAAAGCCAGCUCCUCCCCCCAAAACGGACUUCCGAUCCAACUUGAAACAACGGUCGAUCGACGCCGGCUCGAAAAAGACCGAAGAACCCGAGUUCAAGAAUGUCUUUGGCAAUCUACGACGCACCAAGACGCAAAACUAUGUUGCACCUGACGAGCUAAAGGCGAAUAUCAUGAAGGGUAAAUCGGCAUUAAAUACGACUGGUGGCCCUCAGAAGACAGAACGCAAAGAUGAGUUUAAGGACGCUAUCUUAAAGAAGAAAGAGGACUUUAAGACUGCGCAGUCACAGGGGAGAGGCAUCACAAGAGUGGCCACGGAUACUAUCAAAGCUCCUCUUCCUGAGGGAUUGGCCCGACGGGCAGAAUUGAGCCGACCUACUGUUGCCUCUGCUUCAAAAGACGCAGCCACUGCUACUCCUACCAAAUCUUCGUCCCCUGUUUCUAAGGCAACUCCCAAGAGAGUACCAAGCACAACCACUCCUACAGCCCGAACAACUGCCUUGCGAAGCUCGCCGGCCGAUUCCAAGACUCGUCGUGUCUCUGGCAAUAUUGGCACAAAACCGCCUGCUUCGCCUGCUGCCUCAUCUUCCCCGAGCGGACUUCGAAAGACGUCUGGCCCUCUCUCUAAACCGCAAGAAGCUAAGGCUCCUGCGGGAAAACUCGCUGCUCGGUUCAACCCUGCCUUGGCCGGUAUGCUUGCUAGAGGCCCUCCGCCAAUGGCUAGUGGUGCUGGCAAAUCAUCAGACGGCGGUGGUUCAGGACCAUCAGCAGAUAGCAGCACAACAGAGCCAACGGCUCCAGGUCCCCAGCUCACGCAUAUGACAAAGAACCGUGCCCGUGGCCCUAAGAGAAAGGCGCCAAACUCAGCGUCAGCAAACAAGACUGUAAAAACGGAGCCCCGUCCAAUUGUAUCGGAACCAGAGGCUAAGCCGGAGCCCGUGUCACAGCCGAGCAACGAUGAUAGUAAAACCCAGACUGCGCCUCAAUAUGAGCCGGAAGAGACAGUACUUCCCUCCGUCGAAGAAGUUGCUCCUGUGCUGCCUUCAAAGUCAUCGGCUAGAGCUGCUGCGAGAGAGAAGCCCACGAUAGCCCCUUCUCCUCUUCCCGAAAAGGUUAUCACCAAGGCUGUAUCGACGCCUAGGUCGCCUGUCUCUGCUCAAGUGACCAAGGCGAACACGCCUACACCAGUUAAAGUCAGGACACCGUCUUCAGGUCAUAACAAGCCUCUCGCUGUAGACACCAAGCGUGCCACAGCAUCUCCCAAUAUUAAGCAGACACCAGUUAAGACACCAUCUAAAUCCCCGGCGGCUACUAAUGUCAUUACUCCAACACACCUACACGGUCAAGGCUACAUGGUACGAACACCAACCACUACACACUCCCCUACAAGAGAACGCCGAGAAACUACGCCCUCCAUGGCUACACCCUCGCGACGCUUCCCACCAACGAGCUCCCCUGAGCGCCGGCCUACUCUGCAUGGCCCACGCAAGAUGGACGUAUCGAGACCAAAGUCAAGGGGAGGACCUCGUCCUUUGUCUGUCGCCUCGGAAGGCAUCCCCAUCCCAUCAGCUGUGUCAUCGCCGAACCGCUCCCCUGUUAAACAAGCGAAUGAAAUCACAUUGCUCUUCAACGACUUCUUUGGACCGCCCAGACCUCGACAACAGUAUAUGGUCGACACAGGCGCCAUCUUGACGCAUCACAAAGAGAUUGGAGCUAAAGUAACCACUCUGGAUGCGAAGAUGAUUCGUAUUUCGAGCGAUGGCAAAAAGACCCCCAUCUCAACAGAUUUGGAGCGCGUCCUCUUUGAAGAAGAGAUGUACAUUUGUGCGCAUCGCUUUGUUAGCCCAGCAGGAAAACAAGAUUUUGAAGUUUACUUUUGGGUUGGCGAUGAAGUCUCCGAGGCUGCAGUGCAGGAUGCGCAGCUAUUUGCAAAUCGGGAGGCCAAGGACGCUGGUGGCCGACUAGUUAAAAUCUACCAAGGCAAAGAGACGGCUGAGUUUCUGCAGGCUCUCGGCGGUGUUAUGAUUACUCGCCGCGGAUCUAGCGAUCGCUUUGAUUCUCUUGCGCCACACUUACUCUGUGGCAGACAGUUUUUAGGUCAAGUUGUGUUUGAUGAGAUGGACAUGAAGGCAAGCAGCCUAUGCUCUGGCUUCCCAUACAUCAUUAGCGACGAAAGCAAAUGCUACCUUUGGAAGGGCAAGGGCGCUGGCAUCGAUGAGCUGAGCGCAACCAAGCUUGUGGCCAUGGAACUUGCCGUUACCGGUGAGCUUAUUGAAUACGACGACGGACAGGAGCCGGCCUCUUUCUGGGAGUUGUUUGGCGAUGACUCCAAGGCCCACUCUGCGGACCACUGGAGACUCAAGCCCACGUACUCUAAGUAUUGCAGCCGUCUGUUCUGCUCUGACGCAGACUCUCGUCAGCAGAUCACCGAGCUCGGCAUAUUCAGCCAAAACGAUCUCUCGCCUCUUAAGAUCUAUGUGUUGGACGCAUUCUUUGAGAUGUACAUAAUUGUCGGUUCUGGAGCGCAAUCUCAGUACUCGUCUUUCCGCAAUGCCCUCGACUUUGCGCAGGAAUAUGCUAUCCUCUCUGCCAGCGUCGAGGACAGACCGUUUGUCCCGGUAUCAACCAUUGUGCUGGAAGGCAUCCCGCGUGACAUGAAGCGCGUAUUCCGCAAGUGGAGUGAGACCAGAUCGCCCACUGUGACAAACACAUAUGCUGGGCUCCAGCGUGGAAAGAGCUUGCGAAUUGUGUCCUUGACGCAAGCAUUGCAGGCACUCCGAGAGUAAGUCGGCGUGUGAACUCACUGUAUACUUGAACGCGAUAUGAUGAAUGGGAUGCAUUGGGACCAUGGCCAGGUGCUUGGGAGCAAUGACGGAUUUUGAUUACAGUUUCUUUACCAAAAAAAGUUAAAACUUCAUGCAUAUAUUAAUACAUUUGAAUAAAGCAGACAUAAUACUUGCUUGUUUAUUACUCUGGUGAUGUGAUUGUUGUCUGCUUUGGACAACGAAUUGACCAAUUGUAUCAUGUCAAUAGUACGUAUUCAGGACGUAGGAUUAAGUAUCAUAUGCUUAGGUUUGGCCAGUCUGUUGAUUCUAUCUUUUAAUAGGUCUAAAGCAGUUUAGGGGAGGGGUAUCAAGGAUCCUUGCAUUUUUCAACGUUUAUUCGGGACCGUAUCCAUUCCUUCGUUCUUCAUUCUUCAUUUCUUUCUUUGCAGUUAUCUAUUGUCUUCCUCUUGUUACAUUUGCCAAUGCAUCAAGUAUCUUUUUGUUUAUUUUUUCGGUUGCGUUUCCAACAUGCUGGUAAGGGUUCAGAGUAACUUGAUAUAGAUUAAAAAGCAGGGUUUAGGUGGUAAUAUGUGCAUAAGAAGCAUUUCGGUGCCGUCUUCUACUCGAGUUGGGUACGGUCGUUCGGGGCAUGUCGUUAUCGAAUCGCUGGAUCGAAGUCGCAAGCGCGUCGUAGCGCUUAGGCCUUUUCCACGAUGGGCUUCUCAAGGCUGGACGUUCUGGCAACAGGAGGAGGGGCAGGAAGAUCUGUUUGGGCGGGAACUGCCAUGGCCAUGGGGCGGCCCUGGGCCUUUUCUGUGAGGGCAACAAGCUCCUUGAGCAUGAGUUCGCGGGUGUUGCGGGCGAGCUCGUCGACGUCGGCGGCGGUGAGUCCGGCGGUGGGGAUAGGGUCGAGGACUAUGGAAUCGUUAGCAAAAAGACAGAUAUUGACGGUGCAUAGAGUGUUGGUUAUUUGUACCUUUGAUGGGGACGUUGCCCGAGUUAAAGACCCAGUUCUUGAUGUACAGGAUGUGGCUGUAGUUGGCGACGACAACGGGGACGAUGGGAACACCAGCCUGAACAGCGAGAUGGAAAGCGCCCUUCUUGAAAGGCAGCAGGAUAGGAUCUUUAGCGUAGCUUCUAGUGCCUUCGGGGAACAUGUAGACGCUCUGCUUCUUGGACUGGAUCUCCUGGGCGGCGCCCUGCAUGGCGGAGCGGGCAUCCUUGGAGUUUGCGCGGUCAAUGAAGAUGGAGCCGCUGAGCGACAUGAACCAGCCGAGGAAGGGAAUGUGCUUGAGCUGUGCCUUUGCGGUGACGGAGCAGUACUUGGGGAACAUGGCGCCGAGCAUCAGGACAUCGAGCUCGGUCUGGUGGUUUCCAAUGAAGAUGGCGGGGCGGGUGGUGCCGAGGAUGUCGUUGGGAUCCUCGACGACAAAGUUGACGCCGGUGGUGAGGCGCAUGACGACGUGGAAUGCGCGAGCCGUGGCCCAUUGGGCAAUCUGGCGCUUACCGCAAAUGGCGAGGACGAUGGAGGCGAGGACGCCAUAGAGGGCGACGACGAGGAGCGAGAGGUAGGCGGCGAGCGAGCGGGCGACAAAGGCCGCCUUGGGAAAGACGGUGGACAGCAUGAAGAAGGACGAGGUGACGACGACGUAAGCGACGAGGAACCUGGCGAGGUAGUCGAGGAGGAGGUUCAUUUUAUGGUGCUUGGGGGUGGUGGGUGGGCGGUAAGAAAAUGAGCAGUCGUAACAAGCAGCAGUCCGGUCAGUAGGUGGUAGUAGUGGUGCAGCUUGGCUGGUUGGUGCGUGCUACUAGUAGUAGUAGUGAGCAGCAGAGAAGGGUUACAAGGGGUGGGGUGGGUGGGUGCAGUGCAAAAGACGGAGUUUGGGGUACGGUACGGACGAAAAUGCGUUUUUCGGCUUCCCCUCCGGCCAAUGGGGCCC